UUUCUUCUUUUAAUAAAAUCCCUUCUGCUUCCUCUCUCUUUCUUCUUCUUCCUCUCUUUCUCUCCCGCUUUUUUUCGAUUCGUCGAUCUCUUCACAUUCUCUCCCCGGAAUCUCCGUUAUUCUCGCCGUAGAUCUGCUUCCGUAUACCUAAUAGGAUCUCUGCUUACCGGAGAUCCGUUUUUUCUGAGGUUGAAUUUUCGGUUUCUCUUUCUUUUUUUGGGGAUUUUGUUAUCUUGUCGAGAUUCGUUCUCAUGUCGGACGAACCUGAGAAAUUCCCACCUUCGAAGCGGCAGCAGCAGCAUCCUUCUCUGUCUUCUAUGAAGCCUCCCUUAGUUGCUCCCGGCGAGUAUCACAGGUUUGAUUCCGCCGAGACUCGCUUAGCUGGAGGAGCUGCUGCUGCUGCUGAUCACCUCGUCUCUGACUCGAUUGUUAUUAAAUCUACUCUGAAGCGUAAGACAGAUGCGGUAAACCAAAUAGUUGAGGCCAAUGAAUUGAGUACCGGUGUUCUCCAAACACCUGUAUCAGGGAAAGGAGGGAAGGCCAAAAAAACUUCUAGGUCUGCGAAGUCUAAUAAAUCUGGAACGCAAGCUUCUGGUUCUAAUGCAGGUUCUCCUGGAAAUAACUUUGCACAGGCCGGUACUUGUCGAUAUGAUAGUUCACUAGGUCUUUUGACAAAGAAAUUUAUUAAUUUGAUAAAACAAGCAGAGGAUGGUAUUCUCGAUCUAAAUAAAGCAGCUGAGACUUUAGAGGUACAAAAGAGAAGGAUAUACGAUAUAACCAAUGUGUUAGAAGGAAUAGGUUUGAUAGAGAAGACGCUCAAGAACAGGAUUCAGUGGAAGGGUCUUGAUGUCUCAAAACCAGGAGAAACAAUUGAAAGCAUAGCUAACCUUCAGGAUGAAGUACAUAACCUCACAGUUGAGGAGGCAAAAUUAGAUGACCAAAUCAGAGAUUCACAGGAAAGAUUAACAAGCUUGAGUGAGGAUGAAAACAACAAAAGGUUACUGUUUGUCACCGAAGACGACAUCAAAAACCUACCGUGCUUCCAGAAUAAGACGCUGAUAGCUGUGAAGGCACCACAUGGAACAACUCUUGAGGUGCCAGAUCCUGAUGAGGCUGGUGGUUAUUCUCAGAGGAGAUAUAGAAUGAUCUUAAGAAGCACAAUGGGACCAAUAGACGUGUACCUAGUCAGUCAAUUCGAAGAGAGUUUUGAGGACAUUCCUCACACUGAUGAACCUUCAAAAGUUCCUGAUGAGCCCUCAAAAGUACCUGAUGGACCCUCAAAUCUUCCUUCAACAUCUGGUCUCCCUGAGAACCACGAUGUAGCCACGCCGAUGGAAGAGGACAGCACCGAAAGAAACAUGGAAACACAGGAACUUGAUGAUACCCAAAGAGUUUACUCUGAGAUCGAAUCUCAUGACUUUGUCGAUGGUAUCAUGAAGAUUGUUCCUCCAGAUUUGGAUAUGGGUGUAGAUUACUGGCUUCGAUCAGAGGUUGGUGAAGUCAGCAUCACAGACUUGUGGCCAGAUGAAUCUGGACCGGACUGGAACCAUUUGGGCUCAUUUGAUCAAAACCACGCUGAACCAAGCAACACAACCUUGGAGCAGCCACAAACUCCAUCGAGCCCAACGCCAGAAGAUUCAACUGCUACGAGAUCUACAGGUAGCUGAAGUUACCAUACAACAGGUCAAGCCCCACCAUACAUCUGUACAUAGAAUCUGAUUUGGGUGCAUGCAUCCAGAGUUAUGUUGUACUUGUACAGUAGCUGCAUUGCGUUAUCAUAGAAUUAGAGAUUGCAAAAAAAUAAAAGUAGAGAAACCAACCCUUCGUUGUAUCUUUUUCUAUUUUUUUAGCUUCUCGGCUUAUAUAGAAUAGCCCGCCCUUAACCCAUUGUUUUUCUUCUCUAGUCGAGUGAAACUGCAAAAUACCUUUUAGAGUUUCUUCUAGUCAGGAGCGUAAAUAAUAAGCUUUCAAGGUACCAAAUGAAACCAUAUUUUAUUUC